AUGUCAGAGAACAAGAGUCUUACUUUGAUAAACGGAUUGAGGCCUUUUAAAAGUAAAUGGCGUCUACAAGUGAAAGUUAUUCGCUCAUGGAAACAAACCCCUCCCUAUGCCGAUGAAACACUAGAAUUCGUGUUAGCUGAUCAGACUGGUGUUAAAAUCCAUGCAACAUGUCCGCGAGCACACAUGUUUCGGACCCAACGUAACCUUCCGUUGGGAGAGUGGCGUGUGAUUGAAAACUUUAAGAUAUCCGGAGUGGGUAAAGGAAAAUAUCGACCAACAAGUCAUCAAUAUAAGAUGACUAUCACCAGUGAAACGGUUUUCACCGGAUCCGACCACCAAGAUGAUAACCCUUUCUUGACUUUAGCCAAUUACGAAAACAUUUUAAACGGAAAGGAAAAUUCAAACGUUCUCAUUGACAUACUUGGCCAUCCCUAUGACGUGGGUGCAGUCCAAAUCGUUCAAGUGAACCAUGAGGACCGAAAGCGAAUUCAGUUUCGUAUGAGAGACAUCAGCGGUAACAAUUUGGCAUGUUGUCUUUGGGGAUCCUAUGCUGAGCAAAUCGAAAACAGUGUCCAAGAAUUGGAUCCGUCAAACACUGUUUGGUUGUUAAGAUUUGCCAAAAUCGGCGAGUUUCUAGGUGAAAUUCAAAUUACCAAUGCAUUUGAUGCAUCGUUGUUGGACCUGAACCCAACAAUGGCUGAGGCUGUCGAUUUCAAAAGAAGGAUAGAAGAAAAUUCUAUUGCUCUUCCUAUUACUGACAAGAAGCAUGACAAAAGAGAAAUCAUACCACAUGCCGAUGAUUGGGAUGAUGUUGGGAUUUCAAUGAUCUCCGAAAUCUCUGAAAUCUCUGAGCUCGACCAGACCAAGAUCGUAUGUUCAGUUAAGGCGAUCGAUACAGACUGGGCUUGGUACUAUUUUGGAUGUACCAGAUGCAAACAUGGUGUUACAAGGCUCUCCGGAAAGGGUAGUAAAAGUGACAAACCCUUAUUCCGUUGCCCAGGGAAGUGUCGUGCCAAUGUUUCCAAUGUUGAACCAAGAUUCAAACUCCAUUUGAUUGUUGAGGAUGAUACUGGAACAUGUAAGCUUCUGUUGCUUAAUUCUGUUGCUAAAUCCAUCGUUGGGUCAGAAGCUGUUGAUCUAUGGGAUGGUUCUUAUGAGGAGAUUGAAGAUCCAGAGAUAUUACCACAACCUAUUCGAGAUUUAGUUGGAAAAUCUUUCUGUUUUGGAAUAACUACUUCAUCAGAUGGAGCAGAUAUCUUCAAGGUUACACAGGUCUGGUCAGGUGAUAUCAUUGAGAAAAUUGAAUCUCAAUCCGAGCCGCUGACUCAGAUUGAAGGUGGUUCAUCCUGUUUGUCAUCUGGAGGGGUUUUGUUGAUCAAAGAAAACACUGAACCAUCAUCGGAUUGUUCAACUCCUCUCUCUAAAAGAAAAGAAAAUGAUGCAGAUCUACCAGACCUGACUUCUACUUCAAAGAAGAUUUGCCUAAACCAAAUCAAGCUGGAGAAGACUAAGACGGAUUAG